GCGUUCCCCACAAUGCAGUGCGGCUGAGCAGCUCGGAGCCCGCGGGGGAGCUGCGGCGGGGAUCCGGGCUGAGGAGGCGGCGGCGGCGGGAAGUGGGCUGCGGCGGGCCCGCGGCGUCGGGCGGUGCGGAUGUCGGGCUGGGCGGACGAGCGCGGCGGCGAGGGCGACGGGCGUAUCUACGUGGGGAACCUUCCGACCGACGUGCGUGAGAAGGACCUGGAGGAUCUGUUUUACAAGUACGGCCGCAUCCGCGAGAUCGAGCUCAAGAACCGGCACGGCCUCGUGCCCUUCGCCUUCGUGCGCUUCGAGGACCCGCGAGACGCUGAGGAUGCAAUUUAUGGAAGAAAUGGUUAUGAUUAUGGCCAGUGUCGACUUCGUGUGGAAUUCCCCAGGACUUACGGAGGUCGUGGUGGGUGGCCCCGUGGUGCAAGGAAUGGGCCUCCUACAAGACGAUCUGAUUUCCGAGUUCUCGUUUCAGGUCUUCCUCCAUCAGGCAGCUGGCAGGACCUGAAAGAUCACAUGCGCGAAGCUGGGGAUGUCUGUUAUGCAGAUGUACAAAAGGAUGGAAUGGGGAUGGUUGAAUAUCUGAGAAAAGAAGACAUGGAAUACGCUCUGCGGAAGCUGGACGACACCAAGUUCCGCUCUCAUGAGGGUGAAACUUCAUACAUCCGAGUUUAUCCGGAGAGGAGCACCAGCUAUGGCUAUUCACGGUCGAGGUCUGGGUCCAGGGGCCGUGAUUCUCCUUACCAAAACAGGGGUUCUCCACACUACUUCUCUACCUAUAGGCCUUAUUGAGGAAGGUGGGAGUAGUUUCUCUCUCUCUCUCUCUCUCUCUCUUUUUGGAUGAGCUGAGCUGCUUUGUGCUCAGAAUCUACAUUCCAGAUUGAUAAUUUAGCGUCUUAGGAAAUUUUUUAAACUUCUUUCUUUCUUUUUUUUUUUUUCUUUUUUAAGGAACUACAUAAGUUCAUCUAGGGCCAUCAUACUAGCAGUGACAUGUUUUACACUGCAGAAAUAGAAGUUGUGGCUUUGGUUCAGAAACAAGUUGUAUAUUUUUCACUCCUGAUUAUGGGACAAAAAAAAAUCAGUGCUGCAGUUACUACAACUGAGUCACCCAUUUUGUUUAGAAAUAUAUUUUAAAUGUUUAGUAA